AUGGGAAGAAGAACACUCAGUCAAAGAAAAGGAAGAGGAUCCAUCUUCAAAUCAAGAAGUCAUCAUAAAUUGGGUGUUGCUCAACAUCGUGCCAUUGACUUCUUUGAAAGACAUUCAACAGUCAGAGGAUUAGUCAAAUCAAUUGAACAUGAUCCAGGAAGAGGAGCUCCUCUUGCUAGAGUUGUUUUCAGAAAUCCAAGACAAUAUGGACUUGAUAAAGAAUUAUUCAUUUGUGCUGAAGGAUUAUAUUCAGGACAAUACAUUUAUUGUGGAAGUAAAGCCUCCCUUCAUAUUGGAAAUGUCCUUCCAAUUGGACAAUGCCCAGAAGGUACUGUUGUUUGUAAUGUUGAAUCUAAACCAGGAGACAGAGGAAUUAUUGCAAGAGCAUCUGGAAAUUAUGCUACUGUCAUUUCACAUAAUGCUGAUAAUGAAACUACUCGUAUUAGACUUCCAUCUGGAGCCAAAAAGACAUUAAAAUCAAAUUGUAGAGCUAUGGUUGGUAUUAUUGCAGGUGGAGGAAGAACUGAAAAACCAAUUCUUAAGGCUGGUGUUGCUUAUCGUAUGUAUAAGGCUAAAAGAACUACAUGGCCAAGAGUUAGAGGUGUUGCUAUGAAUCCAGUUGACCAUCCACAUGGAGGAGGAAACCAUCAACACGUUGGACAUCCAACUACCCUUAAGAGAUCAUCUCCACCAGGACAAAAAGCUGGUAAAGUUGCUGCUAGAAGAACAGGUCUUAUUAGAGGAGGUAAUAAAGAAGGAGCCGCUGAUAAUUAAACAAUUUGACUUUUUAUUUAUUUGUUUUUUAUUAUUAUAAAAAUUUAUGUUGUUUUAUAAAACUUAAAUUUGGUAUAAUUUUUUGUUAUUUUCUAAUUUAUAAUAAAUAUAUUAUAAUAUUACUAUAAUUUAUAUAUUUGUUUUUUUUUUAAAUAAAUUUAUAGUGAUUAUAUUUGUUGGUUGUUGAAUUAUUAUUG